AGUUGACAGCUGAGAAUGACAAAUGAGUGAGUUGUGAAGAUUACAACCGGUGAUAGAAGUGCGAUCGGUCAGCGACAGCGACCAUUUGGCAAGACAACUAAAAGUCAAAAACGAGUGUGUUGGCCCUAUUUUUAGUGAAACAAAAAUCAAAUCAGCGUAAUUUCAAUAUUAUAAUGAGAUCUCUAUUUGAAUAUUCAUUCAACUAGUCGAAUUAGGUGACUGUGAAGACAUAUCUAUUGUUCUUUGUUACAUCAUGAAUAAAAAUUCACCGAGGGAAGACAAUUGAUUUUUGGUAGUGUAAAAAUUAAUGGAAAUUAAUAUUAUGGAGGUGAGAGGGGCUGGGGAUGGGGCUGCUGCCGUAGACUAUGUUCGCCCACCUUCGAAACGAUAUACCUGGGCCGAAGUACGGCAGGCCGUACACGACUUACGGAAGGAGUUAUCAUGCCUAUCAACUAUGGUCCCGAUUGCAAUAAGUUUUCGUAAACUAGCCAAUGGAAAGAUAAGGAUAUAUUUUCUAAGGACUCCUCAGAAUGGAUGGGAGAUAACAUUACUAUACACUGAUGUAUCACCAACACAACAAGCAAAUAACAGCAGACUCGACUGGAAACCACUAAUCGAAUCCAACGUCGCUCUCGGCGUGUCAUCAGGGAAGUGGUCUCGCGAGGAGCAGUUGCUAUGGGAACGGCAGAGGGUGGCCGCCUGGGGCAUCGCCUCAUAUGAACUACACCAGACCUCCGGGAAAAUCAUGUUCCCUUGCGCAUCCUCGUUAUUUGUCGCUGAUGAGGGAUCUACACAGUCACCUCCCCUCGUCCCUCGUUGUCUAAACACCGGCGGAGGAGCGCCCCUAACUCCGGCAAUGUGCCCCCGAACCCCUGAGUUGGUGGCCCAUGCCGCUAGGGGCGACAUCUGGCUGGCGGGCGGGCAACUCAGACGGCCUACACGACUGACGUAUGCCUGUAAAGGACAUGAGCCUGAUCGGUUAGCAGACGACCCUCGCCAGGCUGGAGUCCCAUGCUACGUGACGCAGGAGGAGUUCUCCCGGUACACCGGCUUCUGGUGGCAACCACAGGCUGAAGAUGACAUAUACAGGAUAGUCUACGAGGAGGUGGACGAGAGCGAGGUGAAGAUCUACUGCUUCCCGUCCUCGCAGUCCACCAGCGGCGAGGUGGAGGAGUUCAGGUUUCCUAGAGCUGGUACUCCUAACGCCAAGUCCUCACUGAAGAUGUUGACAUUCAGACUUCAGAAGGCGACUUCCUCUACCGUCCUGGAUUAUUACCACGAGGGAGCUUCUGAACACUUAGGCGACACAAGCAACGGUUGCAUGGAAGUGGUGGACCUGCGAUGGUACGAGCUGAAGCAGCCGCUGAAGGAAUGCUUCCCCUGGUUCGAAUACCUGGCCAGGGUGGGGUGGACUCCUGACGGACAGUAUGUAUGGGCCCAACUCCUGGACAGAAAGCAGCAGCGUUUGGAGCUGGUCCUCAUCCCACUGUCACAGUUCUGUGCGCCGGCGCAUUACGACAUGGCCGGCGCUGUCAGCGCACGACAUGAACCGUCUACUAGCUAUGAACAGCCAAUACAAGACAUACAAAUCCUGGUCUCGGAGACGGCCCCAGACGCCUGGAUCAACGUCCACGACAUACUAUACUUCCUACCAUCAAGCGGUAAUGAGAUGAACUUCAUCUGGGCCAGCGAGGAGUCGGGCCAUCUACACCUGUAUUUGGUGACCUGUGCUCUUAUACAGAGGAGCCAUGGGCAAAAACGCACAGUAAUUGAGAUGAUAAACGAAGAUGAGAGCAACGCAGUGGGACCGAACAUGAUCAGCAAGGAGCCGAUCACUGCUGGAGAGUGGGAGGUCAUGUCCAGGAAGAUAUGGGUAGACACAGUUCGACAACUUGUAUAUUUCGUUGGGCUCCGCGAGACGCCACUGGAGCGCCAUCUAUACGUAGCGCCCCUGUCUCCGCCGCGACCUCACGCCGUGCUCCUGCUGACACCUGUCGGACAUUCUUGCACUGUUGAUAUUGAUGAGGAAUGCAGUACAGCGGUGAUAACCUCGUCCAAUAUAACGACGGCACCGGUGACGCGGGUGUACCGUAUCCUGCACACACCGCCGCGACUACUCGUACAGGGAAGCAUCACCGAAAGAGCUCCAUCAGAUUUCAUUUUUCCAGAAUGUACUGAAGUCAGGAGCCUGAACGGCUCGUGGGACAGCCGGGACGGCGAGGAGGACACAGACAGCGAAACCGGAUCGUUAAUCAGAGAACGUUCGCUAAGCCUGUCCGACAUCCCUCCGCCCCAAAUAUUCGAGACCCGUCUAUCAUGUGGGGCGACGGCCUACUGCACUCUAUGGCGCUGCGGCCGCGCGGGGCGGAGCCCUACCGUGUUGCACGUUUAUGGGGGACCUGAGGUCCAGACUGUUACAAAUAGUUACAAGGGUAUUCGCCAGCUCCGCAUGCAUAUGCUAGCGGCGCGCGGUUUCAACGUAGUGGCGGUGGACUCGCGCGGCUCCAAGCACCGCGGCAGGGCGUGGGAGGCUGCCAUUAAGGGCAAGCUCGGCCAGAUCGAGUUGGAUGAUCAGGUCGAGGUGUUGCAAUGGUUGGCCAAGGAGACUGGCUGUAUAGACAUGGAGAGGGUAGCUAUACAUGGGUGGAGCUACGGUGGAUAUCUUUCACUACUCGGCCUGGCGACCAGACCGGGUAUAUUCCGGGCCUGUGUAGCAGGGGCGCCAGUAACCUGCUGGCGUCUUUACGACACGGCUUACACGGAGCGUUACAUGGGCCCCCCUUCAAGGAGUCCCCACGCGUAUACCAGGGCCAGCGUACUGGCUCAUGCACCCUUCUUUCCUGAUCAGGAAGGCAGACUGCUAAUCAUCCACGGACUAGCAGACGAGAAUGUACACUUCUGUCACACCGCCGCGCUAACUGCAGAGCUGGUGCGGUUGGGGAAACCACAUCGAGUACAGGUCUACCCUGGCGAAAGACACUCGCUGCGAGCUAUGCACGCCGCAAAACAUUACGAAGCGACGCUAUUACACUUUUUACACGAAAACCUGUAAAUAUCCUGAAUAAUUCAUAUGUAUGGACCUCCAAAUGUAUACAAAACAAUAAUAUUAAUCCCCGAAAAUGUAUGUACCCGCGUAAUUCCCGAUCAGGAUGGAGGCUACUGUAUUUUAUGACAACAGGUGGCGCUAGUGUGUCUCGUUCUUUGUCCAAUAGGGAAGUAGCUUGUAUCGCGCCAUUAGACGUUUCAUUUUUGACAGCUGCUUUGAUUGGACGAAUAGAUUUUUUGGUAGAUUAGCGCCAUCUAGUGAGCGAAGAAAUGGCAAUGGCCUCAUAUUGGUAAAAAGGAUGAUGAGUAAAAUUAAUAUAUCUGUUAAAGAAAUUCAGGACACGUAUUUUUUACUAGUUACUACCGCGCGCUUUCACCUCCUGCUCGGGUCCUAUUUAUCGUAGCGUGAUAUUUUAUAUCCUACAGCUGCAGCCAAAUGCCAUUUAGCGCUUGUCUACUCGUAGAAUAGAA